AUGGUUGCUGGCGUCACGAUCCGAAGGUACCAGGAUGAUGACAAGGAGUCCGUGAAGGAGAUCUUCACCCUGGGGAUGAGCGAGCACGUCCCCUCCUCCUUCAUGCACCUCCUCAAACAGCCCCUGACCCAGAUGACCCUGAUGGUCACGUUCUGCGCCCUGCUGGCCAGCUCCAAGUCCAUCCUGCUGCCUGUAGUAGCGGUCACUCUCCUCCUGGCCGGGGCCAAGCAGCUGGUGGGCUACCUCUUCAACAGCUACAUCGACACCUCCCUUAAGAAGGACCUCAACCACAUCCAGGAGACCUACCUGGAGAACAAGGACUCGUGUUUCUGGGUGGCUGAGAGCGACGGCCGGGUGGUGGCAACGGUGGCCUGCCUGCCCGCGGAGAGGGAACCAGGCUACAUGGAGCUGAAGAGGUUGUCUGUACGCCGGACACACCGGGGUAUGGGCAUCGCCAAGGCCCUCAGCAGGACAGUGGCAGACUUCAGCAGGGAGAGAGGCUUCCCUGCUGUCAUCCUCUACACGUCUGUAGUGCAGACUGAUGCACAGAGGCUGUAUGAGAACAUGGGCUACACACGGAUCAGAGAGUUCGUCAUCCCUGAGCCCAUCGCCAAAAUCACCAACUUUACUCUGAUAGAGUACAGACUGGACUUACUGCAGGGGGGGGGGGGAAUAGGAGGAGGACUGAAAGGACAGUAG